AUGUCUGGACGUGGCAAAGGAGGCAAAGUGAAGGGAAAGAGCAAGACCCGAUCCAGUCGAGCUGGGCUUCAAUUUCCCGUCGGUCGAAUUCAUCGUUUGCUGCGCAAGGGCAACUAUGCGGAGCGCGUCGGUGCUGGAGCGCCUGUGUAUCUGGCAGCAGUGUUGGAAUACCUUGCUGCUGAAGUGCUCGAGCUCGCAGGAAAUGCUGCCCGAGACAACAAGAAGACUCGCAUCAUUCCAAGGCAUCUUCAGCUGGCAAUUCGUAACGACGAAGAAUUGAACAAGCUACUUUCAGGAGUCACCAUUGCUCAAGGUGGUGUACUCCCGAACAUCCAGGCAGUUCUUCUGCCAAAGAAGACUGAAAAGAAGUCUUAA